AAUCAACAGUGGAGGUUUUCAUGAGAACAAAUUUUCCGCUAUAUGUAUGGAUGAUUGUGAUUAAAAUUGAGGGUAAAAUAGUUGCAUUAAGAAAAGAUAAGGUAUGUCAGCAACAGAUAGAGAAAACUGUGCCAUACAUGAGGACAGAAAUUGUUCCAGUUGGUGUUGGGAUUGUGAGCAAACGUUGUGUGCUGAAUGUUCAACAAACCAUUACAAAAUAAGGUCAUUAAAAUGCCAUAGCGUUAUUCCGAUCAUAGAUUAUCAAAAGGUGCCACUCUUUAUCCGGGAAAUUAAUACUAACUGUAAAGAUCACGUAGAGAAACUAGAAUUCUAUUGUUCCGCUCACGAUGCUCCGUGUUGUUAUCUUUGUAUGAAGGAAGAUCAUCACAUAUGCUCCGGUAUACAGCCGCUUCAGACUUAUGUAGAAAACAUAAAAGCGUCUUUUGUUUAUAGCAAUUUAAAAACAAAUAUUCAUGAUUUAUCGAAUGACUUUCACACAGUGUUUAACGACAGAAAAGAAAAUCUGACUAGGCUGCAACUUCAAAAAGCAAAAAUAGUGCAAGAAAUCUGCAACAUGCGCAAAUCGAUCGAUGAUAGUUUAGACAAGCUAGAGAAAACUGCUAUCGAUGAAUUAACUGACGAAUACAAUACGGAAAGACUUAAAAUUGAAAAUGUUUUAAAGGAAUGCAACACAAAUUACAAAACGGUUCAGGAUUUUCAGGAAAACAUCAAUGAGUUGACACUACAUGCCACUCAACUACAAACAUUUUUGCACGCACAAACAAUUAAGAAAGAAAUAAAGAGACAAAUUGAAUUUUUAGAGUCACUUCAAAAAAACGAACACCUGGGAAUCAUCAAUCUGGCAUUUUCCAUUUCCCCGUUUAUUUCUUCUCUCACUGAACAUUUGGAUUCAUUCGGAACUGUUUCAGUAAACGCGGGAUUUCAAACUAUUUUCUUCAAUUCAGGAGAUCAGAUGGAGGCCCAACUAUUUUAUCGAUCAGUUAAUGAUGUAGAUAAUUUGUUCAUUGAAAGAAAAUCGUCCUUUACAUGUUGUUUUACCGAAAGUUGUGCAUUAUUACCAAAUGCACAGAUUGUUCAUAUCGCACAAGGGCACAAGUCUUUACAUAUCUCAGACUUAAAUGGGUCUAAUCGUCGUGAAAUUGAACUUCCCGAUGAGGCUUGGGGUGUAGUACAUAUGAAUGACACUGUUGUAGCAGUUACAUUUUUUAAACAUAAAAGGGUAGCUUCCAUAGAAAUAAAUGAAGGAAAUAUUAUUAAAACAUUCAAAGUGGAGGACCACUGUCAUGGUAUUAAAUUCUUCAAAGACAAAUUUCUUCUAUAUCUAAUAGGUUCUGAAUAUGUAUAUUUGUAUAGUAAAAAUGGCAGGUUGUUGAAACAAGUAAAAGUGCCCAUUGAUAUUUGUGUGAGAGCAGCUUUAAAUGAUAAUCGAAUAUUUUUUAUAGAUUUCAUGAAAAAUAUUCACUGUUGUGACUUCAAUGGAUCUGUUAUUUGGACAUAUCAACACAAUACUCAUCAUCUUCUGGCAGAAAUAACAGUAGACGAAAAUGGUUUUAUAUUUGCAGCUUGUUUGUACGGUGACACCAUUGUCAGUGUCUCCAGUAGGGGAAAGAGUAGUAAAGACCUCUUGUCAAAUCACUGUCAAUUGGAAUGGUGUGAUAAUUUGGCAUGUGCAAAAUGUCACAAAGGGUAUAGGAAUAUUGAAUUUGAUAUAUGUAACUCUACAAAACAGCUUAUACAGUGUAGUGUUAAGCCUGAAGGCAGUAGUAUUUCGGUGUAUGACAUCAAGUAUCGAUGAUUUUUUUUUAAAUACAGAACAGUAGUUAAAAUAUAAGUAAACAGUUAUACAUAUUCGUUAUUUGCCAUGUAAACUCGUCUUUUUUUUAAAUUUAAGAGCUGAAAUGUUUGUAACCGUUAAGUUUCUACUAAAGUACGUUGACCACCUUGAUGUUUUUAAUGAUCCGUGUAUAUAAAACCAAAGGCUGUAAUAGUAUAAUUGGUAAACAAAUUUUUAGUUAGUUUUUACAAUAUUUGAAAGUACUUUAUGUGUAAAGUAUAUUAUCUGAACCAAUGUUGUGUAUCAAAGACCAUUUAUUUUGCUUUCAAAAUAUAACUGUAUAGCUCUUC